GUCUUUACGUAGACGUUCGGGGCGGAGCCGUGCUGUGCGCGGUGACUGGCGGCGGCACUGGCGUCUGCCGGAGGCGUAGUAGUGCGGGUCGCGGGCUUGGAGAACUUCCGAGGCGGUAGUGGCGCCGGCGACGACGAGGACAGCAGGAGCAGAUCCUGGACUUGUCGCUCACCAUGCCGACGGUGGAGGAGCUUUACCGCAACUAUGGCAUCUUGGCUGAUGCUACGGAGCAAGUGGGCCAGCAUAAAGAUUCCUAUCAAGUUAUACUGGAUGGUGUGAAAGGUGGUACCAAGGAAAAGAGAUUAGCAGCGCAAUUUAUUCCGAAAUUCUUUAAGCAUUUUCCAGAAUUGGCUGAUUCUGCUAUCAAUGCACAGUUAGACCUCUGUGAGGAUGAAGACGUGUCAAUUCGACGUCAGGCAAUUAAAGAGCUGCCUCAGUUUGCCACUGGAGAAAACCUUCCACGAGUGGCAGACAUACUAACCCAGCUUUUGCAAACAGAUGACUCUGCAGAAUUUAACUUAGUGAACAACGCUCUGUUAAGUAUAUUUAAGAUGGAUGCAAAAGGAACUUUAGGAGGCUUGUUCAGUCAAAUACUUCAAGGAGAAGACAUUGUGAGAGAACGAGCCAUCAAAUUCCUUUCUACAAAACUUAAGACUUUACCAGAAGAAGUCUUAACAAAGGAAGUGGAGGAGCUUAUACUAACUGAAUCCAAAAAGGUCCUAGAAGAUGUGACAGGUGAAGAAUUUGUUCUGUUCAUGAAGAUACUAUCUGGGUUAAAAAGCUUACAGACAGUGAGUGGAAGACAGCAACUUGUAGAGUUGGUGGCUGAGCAGGCUGACCUGGAACAGACCUUCAAUCCCUCGGAUCCAGACUGCGUGGAUAGGCUUCUACAGUGCACUCGGCAGGCAGUGCCGCUCUUCUCUAAAAAUGUUCAUUCCACAAGGUUUGUGACUUAUUUCUGUGAGCAGGUUCUUCCUAACCUCAGUUCCUUGACUACCCCAGUGGAAGGUCUUGAUAUACAGUUGGAGGUAUUAAAAUUGUUGGCAGAGAUGAGUUCAUUUUGUGGUGAUAUGGAAAAGCUAGAAACAAACUUAAGGAAACUAUUUGAUAAGUUAUUGGAAUACAUGCCUCUCCCUCCAGAAGAAGCAGAAAAUGGGGAGAAUGCUGGAAAUGAAGAACCUAAGCUGCAGUUCAGCUAUGUGGAAUGUUUGUUGUAUAGCUUUCACCAGUUGGGCCGAAAACUACCAGAUUUCUUAACAGCCAAACUGAAUGCAGAAAAGCUCAAAGAUUUCAAAAUCAGGCUGCAGUACUUUGCACGGGGCCUGCAGGUUUAUAUCAGACAACUUCGCUUGGCUCUCCAGGGGAAAACAGGAGAGGCCUUAAAGACAGAAGAGAACAAGAUUAAAGUUGUUGCAUUGAAAAUAACAAACAAUAUCAAUGUUUUAAUCAAGGAUCUCUUCCACAUUCCUCCUUCUUACAAGAGCACAGUAACAUUAUCCUGGAAACCUGUACAGAAGGUUGAGUUGGGGCAAAAGAGAGCCAAUGAAGAUACAACGUCAGGUUCACCACCCAAGAAGUCUACAGCAGGACCAAAAAGGGAUGCCAGACAGAUUUAUAAUCCUCCUAGUGGGAAAUAUAGCAGCAAUUUGGGCAACUUUAAUUAUGAGCAGAGAGGAGCCUUCAGGGGAAGUAGAGGUGGCCGAGGUUGGGGAGCGCGAGGAAACCGUAGUCGGGGAAGACUCUACUGAAUAAGACAUCACAUUCUUCAGCAUUGUCAUGAGCUUAAUAUACUUAAAUUCUACUACUCGUUGGAUUGCCGGGGAUGUCCCUUUAAAAGGACUGCUGCCUUCAGCUAAAAACUUAAUGUUCUUUAUACCUUUGUAUGUAUGAUCUACUUUUGUAACAGACCAUGAUUGUGUCCAAGGUAAAACCACAGCGAUAUUUUUGGAUGCUUUGUCAACAAUCUUGACUUGUUUUUGCGAUAUCCUAAUUACUCAGACUUCAUAUUGUGAAUCUUUUACUUUAAACAUCUUGAUAAUUUGUUGAGAGCUGUUCAGGUUUAAAAUGUAAUGAAAUUUGGUCUGAUUACCUGGUAAAGAUCAGUUUUGAAAAGUGACUGAUUUUCCUUUGCCCUCUGUUACAUUUUGUCACCCAGUAUUUGGAGAAGAGUAAUGAUCAAUCUUAACUUUUUAUUUUUUGUUGCUUUUUAAUAAAGUUGCUAGGCAGUGAUGCAGCAUUCCUAGCUAGUGGUUACAAAAGCAAAAUAAAUACUUUUCAGCUUUCUUAAAAUGUAGAAAUGACGUUACAUCUGUAGGAGGAAGUAAGUCACUUCGCAGUGCUUAUAAACUCUUCUCCAAAUACUAUGAUGUAAACUUUUGAACGUGGAAUCUUACUAUUGAGAAUAGAAAUGUGUAUGUAUAAUAUACAUACAUAGCAUAUAUAUAUAAAUAUAUAUAUGCAUGCUGUGAAAUUUGACUACACAACAUAAUUAUUUUAAAUCCCAGGAAUGGGCAGUCUUUGACACAGUCAUUAUCCUUUUGAGGCUGAAUCUAUUACUGACUUGUUAUCUGGAUGUUUCUCCCCAGUAGUGAGGAAUUUGAUUCAGUUGCACCUACAAGGUUAAUGUUACAUAAAAAUAAACAAAGGCUACAUUUUCUAAGAUAACUCGGGAUAUCUCUGUUGUUGAAUUAUAACCAGAAUGUCAAAUCUGAUGUACAUACAGCUUUCUACAGGAGGAGAUAGUAUAAUUUAGAAUUUGGGGAUAUAAUAACCAGGGCUACCCAGGAAAAGUGACUUGAUAACAUGGUGUAGUGGUAAGAAAGGGAUGCUCUCUGUUUGUUUUUGCCACUUUUAAGAUUUUAACUUCUCAGGUUAUUAAUCAAAAUUAGUGUAUAAGUUAGCCAAUAGAAUCUUUAGGUUAAAACAACAGAUGGGGGGUUUGUGGAGUGUUUAAUGUCAUGGGCAUUUUUGUAGCAUAGACUCUUGCAGUUGAAUGUUUGUUUUUGUUCCACAGUUAAUCUUCCCUCCCCAGGUUUGCUAUUCAAAUCAAAUUCUGAAUGACAUUUUCUAGUUUGAUGUAUUUUUUGGAGAAUAGUCCGUGAUUCCAACACAGGUGUCUUUAUUACUGUUUAUUAAUGUGCUCUUAGUUACUUCUAUAUUGGGGAAAAAGCAAAACUUUUUUGCUAGAAUUACUGCACAAUGUUCAUGGGAAAAUAUUUUUUAAAGGCUAGAAUGAUAACAGGUAAGCAAAGGAAGUUGGUCAGCUUGACUAUGGAGUGGUGGCAAUAAUCUCUAAACAUUCCAAAAGACUAUGAGCUGAACCUAAGCUUUCUUGGGAAUCUGAACAGACAUAGGAACAUGCAGUUACCAUAUGAAAACUGUGACCAGCUAGUCUGGGCCUCCAAGGCAGAUCAGCCAGUGGCCUAAAGCCAUGUAUUGGACUAUAGCUAUAAAUAUUUGAACAGUAAGUGUAACUUUCUUGUCCCUUUUUUUUUUUUUUUUAAAGUAUAUUUGUAAACUCAAGGCUGAGCAGAAGUAACUUUGUUUUACGUAAGUUUAAUAUUGAGUUUAUGUUCUUCCCUCAGUGUUCCCCUCCCAUAAAGCAAUAGUAUACAAGUUAGGUUAGCUUUUUUUUUUUUAAACUUUCAAUGAGAAACUUCAUGCCAUGGAUUUUUUUUCCCCCUCUUGCAAGACACCUGUUUAUCACCUGUUCAAAUGUCGAUGUUCCCUAUGCUUUUGAAAUAAAUUUCCUUUUGUAAUUUUG